AUGAGCAGCAAACCCAUCUCUCAACAUGAGCACAAACACCACAGACUGGCCAUAGCGACCAUCUUCUUCAUGGUGGACCUGUACUUUUUCGUCAAACCCCUGGAUUUGAAGAAUGAGAAGGUCAAAAGUGACAAAACUUUGUUCAGAUUGGACACAAAUCAAGUGGGAAAAGUGUUGGAUGGUGCUGAUGGUACUGGCGCUACUAAGGAGGAUGUCAAGAAGCCCAAAAUGAACUUGAAGAACAAAAAUGGGUCAAGAAGAGACAAAACGGUACCACACGUCCUCUUCCUCCGCCGGCGCAAAGGCUAA